AUGGCUAAUAGACCCGCCCGGGACAACCGUAACCCCAACUAUGCUAACCGCAACAACAAUGAAGAUGCAAACCCUCCCCCAAGAGUUAGCCUAAGCCGAGAAGAUUUAAUGGCCAUCGCUACCAUCGUAGCAACCACACUGCAAGGGUUAGAGACACCAAGUGCCAACCAGGAUCCCAACCCGCCACCAGAAGUCCAACCGCAUGGUAUUAAGUACUACUAUGAGUCCCUUCGGAAAAACAGAGCCCCGACGUUUGAUGGCAACCCUGACCCAGAAGUUGGUCAAAAUUGGCUCAAGAAUAUUGAGACUCAGCUUCGACUACUAGAAAUCCUGGAGGUGUUUAAAGUGGAUGUUGUGACACCCUUCCUAGAAGAUAAGGCACGCAAGUGGUGGGAAACCAUUUCACCAGCAAUGACUGAAGUUGGACCAGUGACAUGGCAACAAUUUAAAGAGAUGUUCUUAAAGCAGUACUAUCCAAUUGAAUUCAGGUUACAGAAGCUGAGUGAAUUUGAAAACUUUACUCAAGCUCCAGGAAUGUCUGUACUGGAGUACACCUCAAAGUUCAACUCGCUCAGGACCUAUGCCCCAACCAUCAUGGCAGAUGACACCCUGAAGCUACAUCGCUUCAAGAAGGGUUUGAGUAGCCGAAUUCAAUCAGCAUUAGCAAUCUACAAGGCAACUAACUUCGUUGAUCUGAUGGGAGCAACCAUUAGAGCCAAAACAGACAUCAAACGGCGUGAAGAAGAAGGAAAGAACAAGCGACCCCUUGCGAGUCAAUCUUCCCCAAGUGAACAAAGGUUAAAACGGCUCAACCUAUCAAGUGGCCAGUCCAAAGGACCCUCUUUUACUUUGCCCUCCCAAAGCAUUAAGUCAUGUCCUACUUGUAACUCCAGACAUCUUGGAGAAUGUCGUAGGAUCUCUGGUGCAUGCUUCAACUGUGGGAAGAUGGGGCACCGAAUUAUGGAUUGUCCUGAACCCAAGAAACAAGGGGCAGUAUCAAAUUCUGAUGCAGUCCAGAAUAAACCAAAGGAGAAUAAGUCCAACGCUAGGGAGUUCGCUAUGACUCAAGAAGAGGUGGACAACGCAAGCGAUGUGGUGGCAGGUAACAUUCUAAUCAACAAAAUGACUGUCUAUGUAUUGUUUGACUGUGGUGCCACUGAUUCUUUUAUAUCUAAAAGAUUCACUAUGAAGUUAGGACUUAGAGCUGAAAUACUUAGUGAACCAUAUAAAGUAGCUACGCCCACUAAUAAGGCUAUCGAAACUCAUAAGUUGCAUCGAAGCUGUCAGGUCAGUAUUGGUAAUCAUAUAUUCGAAGCUGAUCUGAUUCAACUAAACAUGGUUGAGUUCGAUGCCAUUCUUGGAAUGGAUUGGUUGGCCAAGAACCACGCAAUAGUGGAUUGCCACAGGAAGAGUGUCAAACUUCGGACUUCAAGCCAAGAAGAAAUCAUCUACCAUGGCAAGGCUAAGGAAAAGAGAUUGCUCCUGUCCGUAUCUCAGACUUGGAAAGCCAUGAGGGGUGGUGAUGGAAUCUAUCUAGAUAUGAUAAGUGAGGUGGGAGAGAAGAUUGAGGCUAGGCUAGAAGAAAUUCCAGUCGUUCAAGACUUCCUAGAUGUAUUUCCUGAGGAAUUACCUGGCACAGUUCCAGACCGUGAAGUAGACUUUGAAAUUAAUUUGGCACCAUGUGCAGUGCCAAUAUCAAAGGCACCGUACCGGAUGGCCCCGACGGAACUCAAAGAACUAAAAAAAUAA